AUGCCUCGCCAAAGAUCCGCCGGCCGUCCUGCCCCCGCCCGCCCUACUGUGGCUCCCCGCGCUGCUCCCGCUCCCCAGGCGCAACAGACCCGGCCCGCGGCUACAUAUGCUCCUGCUCAGGCUCCUCCUCAGCAGCAUGCUGCCCCGGCUCCUGCCCAGUCGCAGGGCCCCGGUCUCUUUGGUCAGAUGGCCAGCACUGCUGCCGGUGUAGCAGUCGGUUCCUCAAUCGGCCACGCCAUUGGUGGCUUCUUCUCCGGCGGUUCCUCUGCUCCCGAGGCCGCCGCGCCGGUCCAGUCCCAGCAGACCAACAACAGCGAAUGGGGCAACAACUGCGCCGGUGCCACCCAGAGCUUCACAAAGUGCAUGGACGACCACUCGGGCAACAUGCAGAUCUGCGGCUGGUACCUUGAGCAGCUCAAGGCCUGCCAGGCUGCUGCUACCCAGUACACCUCGUAA